AUGUCGCUGGCUCGUUACGACGCCAACGUGCUGCUGGCCGCGGUGACCGCGCUCUCGGCGGCGGUCGCCUUCGUCGCGGCGCUCCACCUCUACGCGCGGUGCCUCCUGCAGCGGCGCGUCGCCCUCGCGGAAGGGGAAGGCAGCCCCCGCGUGGUCGUGCUGCAGCGGCAGCGCCCGCCGGACGGCUACGUGGUGGAGGUCGUCGGCGCCGGUGCGUGCGGCCAGCAGGCCGCCGGGCUGGACGCCAAGGCGCUGCGCGCGCUGCCGGUGUUCACGUGGGAGUCGUCCGAGCAGGGGAAGGGGAAGGAGGAAGGCGGCGUCGCCGCCGAGCUGCACGGGCAGCAGUGCGCGGUGUGCCUCGGGGAGAUAGAGGACGGCGAACUGGGCAGGCUGCUCCCGGCGUGCCGCCACGUGUUCCACGUGGAGUGCAUCGACACGUGGCUCGGGGUGAGCUCGACCUGCCCGGUGUGCCGGACGGCUGCGGCUGCCGGCGGAGCGGCAGCCGACGUGGACCACGGCGGUGAGGUAGAGCCGUAG